UUCUCUUUCUUUCUUCUUCCAUUUUCCAUCCCGAUCCCCUCCUCCUCUUCUCUUCUUUCCCCCCACGAAGCUAGGGGCGAGCUCGGAAGGGGGCUCGGGAUGAGGCCGGCCCGAAGCCGGCGGCGCUGCAGCCAACCGGCGGUGCCUGCAGCGGCCGCGGCCCGGCUGGCCCCUCUCCUUCUCCACCUCCGGUGGAGGAGGUGGGUUGCGGGUACCACCGAGAUGUAGAGGAGCCCCGCCGAAGCCGGUGGUGCCCGCGAAAUGUACGGCCGACGUCCACGGUCAGCCUGAUGGCGUCCAUCAUGCUUCAAGCCGGCAGCCACCCACGGUCAACAGGGAAAUCUCCCUUCGGCCGUCUUCUCCGAUCCCCUCCAGCGAAGAUCACACCGGUUCCACCCCUGGGAACCAGAUCUGUCCGAGCCGAGGGUCCUUCCGUGCAUCUAAGGGUUAGGGUUUACCUCAUUCCGAUGAGCCGUGAAGUAUUCCCGGCGACUACUGUGCCUGCUCCGGCGGCAGAAGGUGAUGACAAGCUGGAGAUCCUCCCUCCUCCGGCGCCACUGCUCUCGGUCCGGCUCCUUGCACAGAAGACAAAGAGUAAGGGAGGUAAGAGGUGGUCGAUGGAGUUCUCUGUGACUCCAUGGGCUUUUGUAGCUCCUCAUCCAGCUCGGAGGGGUGGGGGACCGCGGCUGUUAGGCAGUUUUAACUGCCUCAACAGCUGCCGUUCUCCACCGCCUUAUUCUCGAAAUCACCCAGAUGGACCGCCGACUUCGGUCCAUCUGGUCCGGGGUUUACACAAAGAGAGAACUCCAAUUGAUGGAGAUUAG